GAUGUGGUUGUGUUUUGUUACAAAUUCCGCGGUUGACGGAUAACACAUUGUAAUAAUAACUGAACAAACGUCUUAAACGGCUUAUAAUUGUACUGUCAUCUAAAGCAAAACAGGUUUCUGAAUCAGGAAUAACCUUUAUGUUCGCGUUAUUAGCUCGACUUUUUUUCUCUACUAUAUUGUGAACUAGCUGUUUGUCCUCAAAUAGGUGACGAACGCUGUGACAGUCAGACAGGGUGGUUGCCAGAAGCUGUGGGUGUAUUUCCUUGCUGUCAACAGUUCUGAAGUACCUUCAGGAUGGCACGGGUAGUUUUCCUCCAUCCUGACCUUGGUAUUGGGGGAGCGGAGCGGCUGGUGGUCGAUGCUGCCGUUGCUCUGAAGUCUCAGGGAUGUAGCGUUCAGAUCUGGACGGCCCAUUAUGACCCAACACAUUGCUUCUCUGAGACCCUCGAUGCGGAACUUCCUGUGGUGUGUGUGGGUGACUGGCUACCCACCAGUGUGUUUGGCUACCUGCAUGCCCUGUGUGCCUACCUGAGGAUGAUCUAUGUGGCCCUCUACCUGGUCUUCCUUAGCAGCGUGGAAUAUGACGUCAUCUUCUGUGAUCAGGUGUCGGUGUGUGUCCCAGUGUUACGUCUGGCUCGCCGCAGGAAGAAGGUUCUGUUCUACUGUCACUUCCCAGACCAGCUGCUGACUCAGAGGAAGUCGGCCCUGAAGAAGCUUUACCGUACUCCCAUCGACUGGCUGGAGGAACGAACCACAGGCAUGGCUGAUAUGAUUCUGGUAAACAGCCAGUUCACCGCAGGCAUCUUCAGGGAGACUUUCCGCAGCCUGAGCGGAGUCCAGACAGAUGUCCUCUAUCCCUCCCUCAACACGCGUACCUUUGACGAGGCAACCACUGAAGCACAGAGCCUGGAAGGACUGCUCCCUGAGGGAACUACCUGUCUGUUUCUCUCUCUGAACCGAUACGAAAGGAAGAAGAAUUUAGGCCUGGCUCUGGCGGCUUUGGCAACCCUGAGGAGCAGCCUUCCUCCUGGCCAGAGACCAGGCAUUCACCUGGUGGUGGCAGGAGGCUACGAUGAUCGCGUCACUGAGAAUGUUCAGCACUACACUGAACUGAAAGAGCUAGCAGCACAGCUCCACUUGGUGGACUGUGUUACUUUCCUCCGCUCCCCUUCAGAUUCGCUGAAGGUGGCGCUGCUGCGGGGCAGCACCGCUGUCCUCUACACCCCUAGCAGAGAGCAUUUUGGGAUAGUUCCUGUGGAGGCCAUGUACUGUUGCUGCCCCGUUAUCGCUGUGAACACUGGGGGCCCCCUGGAGAGCGUGGCAGACGGGGAGACGGGCUUCCUGUGCGAGCCCACGGCCGAGGCCUUCUCUAAGGCCAUGGAGAGGCUCGUCAGGGAGCCACACCUCCGCAGGGACAUGGGACAAGCUGGGAGGAGGAGGGUAGAAGAUAAGUUUUCUCUUCAAGCCUUCUCAGACCAGCUGUAUGGAUACAUUGUCAGGCUGAGCCAGUGAUGUGAAAGCUGGAGGAGAGACAGGAGAAAACUUGUGAAGAAAUGAUCGUCUACUGAACAGUGAAGCUGAGUAUGGAUGGCUCGGCACUACAGAGAGUAGGAGCGAGGAUGUAUGUGUGUAUGUGUAUAUGUGCAAGGAGGUGGGGGAAGUAUCAUGAGGACUUGGAGGACUAUUAAUCAGCAUUCCCCUGGAGGGGUUGCUGUGAGGGGGAAAAAAGGACGGAAUUUCUAUACCAAUUAAGAAAAGACUAACGAGUUUUCCAAUCCUAUCUUUACAAAAAUACCAACCUUGCAAGUGUGUUCUUGUGUGUGAAGUUGAGGAUGUGAAGCAGCGUGGCAACCAAGAGCCUCCAAAUGAGUCUACCUAAAGGAUUGAUUGUUAGAGUGAAAUGUUUUGCACUGUGUCUGAGUGUGUGUGUCUGUCUGUUGUUUUCUUUUCUACAGCACUCUUUGUCUUUGUGUGUUUUGGGGAUGAAGAACAAGAAUGUCGUUAUCACCGUGUGCCAUCGGGCAGCGCACAGUCGCCGAUCGAUAAGCAGGAUGCGUUCCACUACUUCCGCUCGGAGCUUUGUUCCCCGGCGUGUAUUCAGAAGACGCCGGCCUGUCCAUGACUCUUACUGCUGCAUGGAGGUUAUUAGUAGAUGAUAGAGAGUGUUUGGCUUUAUUAGAGGUCUGGCUGAUGGGCAGUGUGCCUGUGCCUGUGUCUGGGUCAUUAUCAACGAGGAGAAUAGCGGGAGGUCAUUGUGUCUGUGCGCUGCCCUCCACAGCCUUCCUACUGUAUAGAAAUGCUCUUAUUGACAUUCCUGAAGUCUUAAUAAACAAGAGGACACAUAGUUUGCUGAGUCUUAUGGAGCUUGCUUUGUUGGUAAGUUUUUGGCCUUUAAUAGAGUUCGCUAAGGAUUUUGUGGGUGAGCAUAGAGGCACAGAGGCAUUCUUAAAGCCAUGGAUAAAUCUGAUUGUGCCUCAAGUUAUUAAAUAAAGCAUUCUCAGACGAAGUAGCAGCAGAGGAGUUUUAUUUUGCUCAUUAGGAAAAGCAGGAAGCCACACAGAAGGGCUCAAGUUUCUGUCUCCACCCGUUGCUGCAUUAUCA